AGCCGCGGUCUGCGCUUCUGCUCCGAUAAAUCUUACGGGGUGUUGCUGACAGGUCUCUUAACGUCUCUCCAUGGAGAUGGAGUGACUGCAAAUAUAUUGGCAAAGGGAGAGUCUCCGCGUGUCGCGCGCGAACGGCGUGCGUACUGGAGAGGAAUAUCCCAAGCGAGGAGUCCGGCGAAAUAGCGAGCAACAAAAUGGACGAAGCGAAAUUUCUGAAGAGGAAAGUGAGGUCCGGGACGUUGGACGUCCACCCAACGGAGAAGGCCCUGGUGGUGAAUUACGACGUCGAGGCGUUGAUAUUGGGGGAACUGGGUGAUCCUAUGCUUGGCGAUCGCAAGGAAUGCCAGAAGAUAAUCAGGUUGAAGAGCUUAAACGCAGACACGAAUGUUUCUCUCUUGGCUAAGGAAGUGAUGGAGAAGUGCUCGCUGAUACACGAGUCCAAACUACGCGAGGUCGAGCAGUUGAUUUAUUAUCUGCAAAACCGUCGAACGAAUGACACCGGUACAGGUAGCGGUAGUAAUUCUCAGCCUCCGAGACCAGCGUCGUCGAAUUCGUUGAUCACGGAGAACAGCGAGGUUGAACGUGCAGUCAUUAGUAACGUCGACAGUUAUAUCGAAUUGCUGUACGAGGAGAUACCGGGCAAGAUUAAGGGCUCGUCGUUAAUUUUACAAUUAGCAAGGAUACCUGAUAAUCUUUUGGAAUUGACGAAAAAUGAAUCAUUAUUGAGUGCACUAGCCCGAGUUCUAAGAGAAGACUGGCGGCGCAGCAUAGAACUGUCCACGAACAUCAUUUACAUUUUCUUCUGCUUCUCAACGUACAGCCAGUUUCACAAUAUCGUGCUCGAAUACAGAAUCGGCUCUCUUUGCAUGGAUAUAAUCGAUUUUGAAUUACGUCGCUACGACCAGUGGAAGGAGGACAUGGAGAAACGCCGGAAACAAUUUGAGAACACGACCGGUCUGACGUUCUUCCCGGCGGGGAGCAACGACAACUGUGAUAGGAAGAUCAGGAUCAUCGACGACAUUUGGAAUAUGGAGGGCCCGUUGGAUUACGAGGUCAAGAGACGUUCCGCGGAAGUAUCUGUAGCCGUAUCCGAGAGCGAUGUUAAGAAGCUGAAGGAGGAACUUGAGAAGAGUCGCAAGAAGUUCAAGAGUUUGACGAAGAAACAGGAGCAACUGCUCCGAGUUGCGUUUUAUCUACUCCUAAAUAUUGCCGAGAAUGCUAUGGAAGUCGAAAGAAAAAUGCGUAAGAAGAACGUCAUCGGUAUGCUGAUUAAAACGUUGGACCGGACGAAUACCGAUUUGUUGAUUUUGGUUGUCACAUUUUUGAAGAAACUAUCCAUCUUUCGCGAAAACAAAGACCUCAUGGUAGAAGAAAAUAUUAUAGACAAGUUACCGAGGCUUUUACAAAACAAUAAUACCGAUCUUGUGCUAAGUACUUUGAAAUUGUUGUUUAAUCUCUCUUUCGAUACUAAAUUGAGAGCGAGAAUGAUCAGGGUUGGUAUGUUACCAAAGUGGAUAAAAUUACUUAGCCAAGCUGACAUAAAAAAUAAAAGCACGAUUGUGGGGCUACUCUAUCAUGCCAGCAUGGACGACAAAGUGAAAGCAAUGUUCACAAACACAGAUUGCAUUCCUAUGAUAACAAGCAUGAUGUUAAAUUCCGAGGACGAACACGUGAGAACUGAAUUAACGGCGCUCGGUAUAAAUUUAGCCGUCAACAACAAGAAUGCGCAACUGAUGGUGGAAAACAAUCGUCUGCAAGGUCUCAUAAAAAUCGCAUUUAGAAAUCAAGACGCCCUCGUGAUGAAGAUGAUUAGAAAUAUCUCGCAACACGAGUCGACGAAAGAAAACUUCGUCGAAUUUGUCGGCGACUUUGCUAUGGCCUUGACUCAGUCUGACUCUCAAGACUUUGUACUGGAAGUAAUUGGCGUGUUAGGCAAUUUAGAAUUGCCUGACUUGGAUUACUCUCAAAUCAUUCAACGCUGCAAUCUUAUACCAUGGAUACGCAACAAUCUUGUCCCAGGUAAGGCGCAAGAUGACAUAGUUCUUGAGAUCGUCAUAUUUCUGGGCACUGCAGCUUACGAUGAAGAUUGUGCUCGUUUGUUAUGUAAGGCUGAUAUACUUCUCUCUCUUAUCGAACUGCUUAAAGCCAAGCAAGAGGAUGACGAAAUGGUUUUGCAAAUUAUUUACGUUUUCUAUCAAAUUGCAAAACACGAUUCAACCCGAGAUUAUUUGAUCCGCGAGACCGGUAAUGAAGCCCCCGGGUAUCUGAUCGAUCUGAUGCACGACAAAAAUCCUGCAAUUAGGAAAGUCUGUGAUACAUGCUUAGAUGUUAUUGCUAUAUGCGACAAGAAUUGGGCGGCCCGCAUAAAGGUGGAAAAGUUCCGAUCGCACAAUCAGCAAUGGCUGGAAAUGGUCGAGUCUAUCGGAACAGAUUCAAUCAAUCAUAUGUUACCGGACGAUGAUGAUAGUCUAUCUCCAUUCAUUAGCGGUGACCUACUAAAACACACUAUAUUAUUCCCCUCUGGUAACGCGGCGUCAUUUAACGCGGACGAUGGAUUCUCGACUAUGAAAAAUUCAUCGGAAUCAUCUGAAAAUCCUAGUCGACCUGUCAGUAGGUAUCGGGAUCUCGACGAGAUAGGCGAACUCGUGGCGCGUUCCAAGUCUCGCAUGUCCGUUGCCUCAGGCAUAGAGGAUUACUAUAAUUCCAGAGUGAAAUUCAGCGAUUCGGAUAGUUCCCACGUAUUAAUCUGAAGAUUAAUCCAAACGUUCUGACAUAGAUGCGUGACUUAACUUUUCAAAAGAUGCCUAGGACAUUUUACACUAUCUCGAUAUCAUAUACAUAUAUGUUCAAUGUAAGAAAAACAAAGAAACGUUUGCUACUAUUUACAAAUACAUGCCUGCUUAAACUAAAGAUUUCAUUAUAUAUAGACUGCUUUGAUCUCAUAGUCUUAGUGUCUUUUUUUUAAUGAAUUAUCUUUUUACGUAUUUAAUUUAUUUAUAAGCGCGUCAGCUUUACACUGAUGCGCAUAAUUGUCUUAUGUUGCAAAUAGUAUUGAAUCCAUUUGGAUGUCUUUUAUCUUGUGAUAGGCUUCAGGCAGUCAAAAUAGUGUUGUAAUGUAUAUGUGGUUAAAUGUAAAAUUAAUAUUUAUAAUAGUUCGAAGGUCUCUUGUGGUAUUUAUAUUGUUAAUAUCAGUUAAUAAGAAAGACAAAUGGUGUAUGAAAAUAACGAACAAUUUAGAACAAUGUAGUCCCUAACAGUAGGGAUAGAAUUAUAUAUACUGAGAGAGUAAAACUCUUAUUCAUUGCAGACAGUAUAUUGUGCAAUAAGUAUAGGUGUAUUUAACUUCUACAUCCUGUUUUAGAGAAUAUAAUCAAACAUUCUGUUUACAUUCUGAGUUGCCUUUCAUUUUUCAUUGCACCUCUUGUCCUUUUCUUAUUAACUUGUCACAUUUAUAUUAAUGUAAGAUGGUAUUUUACUAUAUCCACAAAAUGCACGACUUAUAGCCAUCAAUUAUCCUCUACGUAAUAAAAUAAACUAUGAUUGAAUCUUGUA